AUGACUACGAAUGGUGCAGAAUCUAUUAAUGCAACACUGAGGGAGCCUAAAGAGUACCCCAUCAUUGCGUUGUUGGAGGCUAUGCAAGCAAAAGUCUCUGAGUGGUUCAAUAAUCGCCGCAAUAUUAUGGCAUCUAUCAAUACAAAGUGUACACCUUUAACUCCCAAGGCAGAGAAUAUUAUUAGAAAAAUAUUCAAGAAAGCAUCAGAAAUGAAUGUGAAACAACUUAACCGAUUUGAGUAUGAGGUUACAGGUAAGGAAAAUGAUGCCAUAAUUGAUUUAGGUCAAAGACAAUGCUCAUGUCGUAUCUUUGACCUUGAUCAACUUCCAUGUGUGCUUGCAUUAGCAUCAUAUGAGCAAGCUAGAAUAGAAGUGUAUGAUUUGUGCUUUAAUUAUUUUAAGUUGGAAAGUUUGGCGUUGGCUUAUGUUGAUACCAUUUAUCCAGUCCCACAACAAGAAGAUUGGGAUGUCAAUGAAGUUGAAGUAUUGCCAAAGGUAUUGCCUCCAAAUUUCCCAAUCAAGUGCGGUAGAGAAAAAUUGAAAAGAAUCCCAUCAGUUGGCAAGGGAAAAAAUGGAUAA